AUGGCCAUCCUCAUAAGCAGCCUGGCAGCGCUUCCAAGCCAUGCCGACAACCUGCUGGCCGCGAUGGCGACCGUCCUGGUCCUGAUGGCCGUCAGGCCCCUCCUCUACCGCCUGAACCCACCAAGUGACGCGCCAGGGUUCGCAAAGGGACACCUCACGAGCUGGAAGGCCCCCAAGUUCUGGAGGUCCAGGGCGGAAUACCUCCAGCUCGGGAGGGACGAGAGCCCUGGCCGGCAGUUCAGCUUCUGGUACGGUUCGAGCCACGUAGUCGCGAUUUCCGGCGAGGCGGCGCGGACUGCGUACCUUACUUCUAGGGGGCUUGAUUCUCUUGCUGGAUUCCUUGUCUUGUUCGGAAGCUUCCUGAACGUGGACGGGCUCACAAACAGCGUUGCCCGCACCGCCAUGCUCGUCUACAAGAAGUGCACACACGACGACCAGAUAACCCUCAACCUCCACCACCUCGUCAACGACAGCGACGAGUGUGUCCAGGGGAUAGGCCCCGCGGGCAUCAUCGACCCGGUCGACACGAUGGGCACCCUGAUAUACCGGCUCACGCACCGCAUGUCAGGGACACACGACAUCGCCAGCAGCCCGGCCCUGGUCGCCAGGACGAGGGAGGUGUACAAGCCGCUGGAGGAGAGCUCCCUCUUCGACAUCUGGUUCCCGCUGCUGCCCACGCCCUCCAAGCUCAGGCGCCUCUGGGGCUACUCCAGGCUGCACUGGUUGAUGCACGGGUACAUCUCGGAGAGGCGCAAGACCGGCAGGAUAGAGAAGGAUGCGAUGCAGUUGAUGAUGGAGCAGGGCAUUAGCGACCCUAUAAUCGCCUUGGCAAUCAUCGGCGGCAUCCUCGCCGGCGUCUUCAACACGAGCAUCAACGCCUCGUGGAACCUGUGCUACCUGGCCCAGCACCCGGUCUGGAAGGCGAAGCUGACGGCAGAGGUCGACGCGGCCAUAAGAAAUCACAGGCCAAAACCAGGCGAGGGUGUCGUGGAGAUCCUGCACCGCCUCACGCUCCAGGACUGGGAAGCCGAGUUCCCCCUCCUGGAGUUGGCCAUGAGGGAGACGAUGCGGUUCACCAUGUCGGGGACUCUGGUGAGGAGAAACAUCGGCGGCAAGAAGGUCCCAGUCGGGGAUACCGGGUCGUUCAUACCACCGGAUGCCCUCGCAGUCUAUGCCGCCCAGGACGUCCACAUGGAUCCGCAGAUUUACAAAGACCCUCACGAAUGGGACCCGACCCGACACGAUAAGGCCAGGGCCGAAGGCGCCGCGACGCCUCACGCCUUUCUGGGGUGGGGGUCCGGGAACCAUCCAUGUCGUGAGUGUCCUGCCCUACACAUGCCAUAA